UCUGGAACCGAGAAGUAAACAUUGCAAGCCUGAAUGUUGAUGUAGUUCCUGGCGGCCUGGGUGAAUUUUGACGUGUUUGGAAGCCUGCAUAGUGACUAGGACAGCGGCAGCGCAUACUGGAGAGACUGUUACACCAUCUUUCGCCCGCCCUGCCCCCGCGCCCCCGCUGGCCCAGGUGUGCUGAUUGGGUGCUGCUGCUCAUGACGGGAGUGUGCACUGGUGGGUCAAGCCGCGGGGAACCACCACACUCACCACACCAGUUGUCACACUCUCAGGUUGCAAAGAGGACAAGUUAGCAUCUGACGGCACAAGACACAGGAGAGAGAGAGAGAGAGAGAGAGAGAGAGAGAGAGAGAGAGAGAGAGAGAGAGAGAGAGAGAGAGAGAGAGAGAGAGAGAGAGAGAGACGAAACAGGCAGAGUGUUCACAAUCCCACCACCAACGUCCCUGUGAGCCCUUCACAAGCAGCCCCACAGCACCGGCAGGAUGGGAGUGCCAAAGUUUUACCGGUGGAUCAGUGAGCGCUACCCGUGUCUGAGCGAGGUGGUGAAGGAGUACCAGAUCCCAGAGUUUGACAAUCUGUACCUGGACAUGAAUGGCAUCAUCCACAUCUGCUCCCACCCCAACGACAAUGAUCCACACUUCAGAAUAACGGAGGAGAAGAUGUUCAAGGACAUCUUCCACUACAUUGAGGUAUUGUUCCGUCUGGUGCAGCCCCACAAGGUGUUCUUCAUGGCUGUGGAUGGCGUGGCACCGCGGGCAAAGAUGAACCAGCAGAGGAGUCGCAGGUUCCGGUCAGCCAAGGCUGCCGUGGACGCAGAGAAGAAGGCCAAGGAACGAGGGGAGAAGCUGCCCACAGAGGAGAGGUUUGACUCCAACUGCAUCACCCCUGGCACAGAGUUUAUGGAGCGUCUGGACAGUCAGCUGAGGUACUUUGUCACCAGCAAGGUUUCCCAGGACAAGAUGUGGCAGAGCUGCAAGAUCAUCUACUCAGGACACCAGACGCCAGGUGAGGGGGAGCACAAGAUUAUGGAGUACAUUCGGUACGUGAAGAGUGGCCCUGAGUACGACCCCAACACGCGCCAUUGCUUGUAUGGCCUGGACGCAGAUCUCAUCAUCCUGGGCCUCACCACGCAUGAGCCUCACUUCUCACUGCUCAGGGAGGAGGUUAGGUUUGGGGGCAAGAAGGACAGCAACAGCCGCACACCCACCCCUGAGGAGACCACCUUCCACCUGCUGCACCUGAGCCUCAUGCGGGAGUACAUUAACUAUGAGUUUCAUGACCUGCGGUGUGCCCUGCCCUUCCCUUAUGACCUGGAGAGCAUCAUUGACGACUGGGUGCUGAUGGGCUUCCUGGUGGGCAACGACUUUAUCCCACACUUGCCACACCUGCACAUCAACAAGGAGGCACUGCCCAUUCUCUACAGGACCUACAAGGCCACACUGCCCACCCUGGACGGCUACCUCAAUGAAGGGGGGAAGCUGCACCUGCCGCGGUUUGAGAAGUUCAUGGUCAAGCUGGCGGAGUUUGAACUGGAGAAUUUUCAUGAGAUUUAUGCCGACCUCAAGUACUUCAAGGGCAAGAGACUCAAGGAUGGGGAGGCAUUCAAGGCAAACAAGAGAGCCAUGGAUCUGAAGCCGUUCAAUUUUGAGGAGGAGGACAGCAAUGACACACUUAAUGGGGCGCUUCUGGGCAGCCUGGAGGAGGAGGAGGAUGAGGAGGAUGAAGUGGAGGACCUGCGCCGUACCUACGAGCGUCUGGGAUACGAGCCAGACCCAGCAUUUGUGGAUGACGAGGAUGAGGAUGAGGACAGCUCGACAUCGGAGGGUGGUGGUGGCGGCGGCGGUGGCGGUGGCGGCAGCACGUUCAAGGAGGAGUUCCGGCUGCACAAGCGUGACUACUACAUGACCAAGAUGAACAUCAAGCAGGUGAACUCGGCUGCCCUGCACCACCAGGCCACCAGCUACGUGAGGGCCAUCCAGUGGAUCCUCAACUACUACUACAAUGGCAUCUGCUCCUGGUCCUGGUACUACCCAUUCCACUAUGCCCCGUACAUCUCUGACGUGAGGGACUUUGCACACAUGGAGAUGGGCUUUGAGUUGGGCCGCCCCUUCCUCCCCUACCAGCAGCUCCUCGCCGUGCUGCCGCCCCUUAGCAAGAACCUCCUCUGCAAGGCCUACUGGAGCCUCCUCACUAGCGCUGACUCCCCUGUCAAGGACUUCUACCCUGACACCUUCCUCACAGACCUCAACGGGAAGCAGCAGGACUGGGAGGCAGUGGUGCUGAUCCCCUUCAUCGAUGAGGAGCGACUGCUGCAGGCCAUGGAGGUGUGCAACACAAUGCUCAGUGAGGAGGAGAGGAAGAGGAACUCCCACGGACCCAUGUACAUCUACACCUACACUGAGCAGAACCUGGGUGACUACCAUGUGAGUAGUUACUUCCCGGUGAUCCACAUGAACCACGCCCAGGUGGAGAGGGUGUGGAGGGAGACGUGGGAGCUACCGCCAGACAAGAUCAAGAAGGGCCUAUGUCCUGAGGUCCAGCUGGAUGUGUACUUCGCUGGCUUCCCAACCUUGAAACAUGUCGACCAUAAGUUCCACGUGGCCAAGGAGGCAGUGAAGGUCUUCCAGCAGAACAGUCGUGGUGAGAACUUCAUCCUGGACAUUACAGAGAAGGACACACCUGACCUGAGGGACGUGGCCAACCAGCUGCUGGGCAAAGAGGUGUUUGUGUCCUGGCCGCACCUGGUGGAGGCCAAGGUGGAGGCGGUGAGUGACGCCAAGGACCGUUACCAGCUCGGGGGGGACCAGGAAGUGCAGAGACACAUGGUAGAGCACACCCUGAAGGAAGAGUUCUCACUGUCCCGAAACUCCCUCAUUUCACACCACCAUGACCGCUGGGGCAUCAACCUCAACAACACUCCCAUCCUUGUGUAUGCCGCACCCAUGACUGGCAGGAGGUACAUCGCAGGGCUGAGUGGCAAGAUGACCUUGGAGAAGGUGUGGUCCAAGGUGGUACAGUCCUACCCCCUGCAGACCAUUGUGAAGGACAUCGGUGUGCACUCCCCUGGCUACCAGAUGCACCUCACACCUCAGGAGUAUUUUCCCCCACGCACCAAGGUCUUCAUGCUGGGCCAGCCGCAUUAUGGAGCCAUGGGGGAGGUCAUUGAGAUUGACCCAAGCCACAAGGGCAGGAUUCGCGUGGCCAUGACAGUGAUGCACGAACCCAGUUUUGAUGUGGUGCGGGGCAAGCAGAACCAGCUGGAGGAGCGCUACAUGACAGCCUACCACGCAGCACAGAGGCUGGGCAUAUCCUCCCACCUGCUGUCGCGCCUCACCGGGACUGUGUUCCUGGCACCUCCCAUGGGUGAUGGGCUGCUGGAUGAGGCUGAGAUGAGGAACAAGCUGAACAUUGGACUCAACCUGAAGAACAACAAGAAGAAUGAAGAGGUGAGUGGGUACAGCCGCAAGAUCAAGGAGGUGGGGGUGGACAAGACAACGUGGCUUUAUUCAGACAAGGCGGUGGAAGCCAUGAUGGAGUACCAUGCAAAGUUCCCAGAGAUUUUCGACCACCUCUCUGUCAAUAUUGGCCAGCGUGACAUCUUCCACCAGGACGAGGUGUUCGGCGAGGCACACAAGGAGAGAGUGGUGGAGCUGGCAGAGUGGCUCAAGACGUCAGAGUUUGCCAAGGCGGAGCGGCAGCCUUGCGGGACACAGACGUUGGGAGAGGCUGUAGUGGCGUGUGUGGCAGAGGAAGUGGACAAGGCCAACACUGUGCGGGCCAAGGUGGUCAAGAUGCAAGUCAGGCCUCACCUGCUCUUUAAGCCCAACCCCCUCCAGGGCAGCACUCCCCCCGACCACACUGUGACCUUCCAGAUGUUUGAUCGUGUCGUCAAUGUGAGGGAGGGCUUCUCCGUUCCUCUCGGUGCUCGGGGAACCAUCAUAGGAAUCCAGCCGGGGGAGAAACAGGCUGACGUUCUGUACGACAUCCUGUUUGACGAGGCGUUCCCUGGUGGCCUGACCCUGCGUGGCAAAGUGUCAGAGCAGCGGUGUUACUCCCUCCACUGGGCUGCCCUUAUCAACAUCACCCAUGGGUGCCGCUCCCCCACUGGCCAGGCGCCCCCCACACAGAUCUACCAGCCACCUCAGGACAACAGAUGGUCACAGCCGCCCAACUUCAACAGGAAUGACAACAACAGGAACUACAGUCACCAGUCAGCUCCUGUGAGAUGGCAGCAGCAACAGCCACAACAGCAGCAAACCCCAGCAGAGGUACCAAACUCCACAACAGCAACAACAGCAGCAGCAGCAGCAACAACAGUACCGAUAUCAGCCUCCCCAGCAGCAACAGCAGCAGCAAAGAUACCAACAACCACAAAGAUACCAACACCCUCACCAGCAGCAGCAGCAGCAGCAGCAGCAGCAGCAGAAAUACCAAUCCCCACAGGCCCCUCAGCACCAACAGCAACAGCAGGCAAGGAACAAAGGCAGCAUUGGUCUCUCGGCAUCUCUCAUGGCUGGCUUGAGAGCACCUUCCAGACAGCAUGUCAAAAAGUACACCCUUGCAGGGUAACACUAACACCCACAGCCCCGAGCAUGGUGGUCCUCAGCCCCCAGACCCACACCAGCUGCCCAGCCCUGCCAGUCUGCGCAUUGCUCAGCCCCAGGGAAAGUGUAUGGCUAAUGGUGACCUUAACCAAACCAAACCACAGUCACCUUCAAAGAGUCAGCAGCGGAAGAUUGUGGAGAUUAAGUCUGCGGAUGAAAUAGAGUGUGUGGUGCACGGAACAUACUACUCUUAUGUGUCCAAGAUCCUGCAGAAAGGCCUGGUGAAGCCCUCCCCUCACUCCCUCAUCCCUUGCUACCCCUUUGUGCCCCUCAACACAGGGGGGCCGCGCUCCUACCAGCUGUACAUCUUCA